GUUUUGUGGCUCUACACUGAGUCUCAUACUGUGGUCGUGUUAUCUUUUUGACUUCCAUCGUGGUUAAGCAGUGUGAUCAUUUGGCUAAAACCUUCCAUUCCGGUGGAUUUGGCUUGCUUGUAGUGAUGCCAGCUGUUCUCUCAGCCCUCAGCCUGCUCUGUGUGAUGCUGAGAGUGGGGCUCACUCUCUCGUCCUGCACUCCCAGUGUGAGCACAUUGGAUUUAGGCUGUCAUCUACAGUGGAACUGUUCUGAUGUGAACUCCAGCACCACCUUCACUGUCCAUACGAUGGCUCAAGGAGAAGAGUGGCAAAACGUGUCUGAGUGUUUCCAGAUCUCCUCCUACAGCUGUGAUGUGUCUCAGGCUUUCACAGACUUUGUUGUCUUUAACUUCAUCAGACUGGAAAUCAACCAUGGACAUGGAGAGAUUCAGCGGACCUCAACACAGCUCUGCGACCCCCUCAAAGACCCGGAUGCAAGGUUCAGUCCUCCCUCUGUCUUCGUCUCUCUGAAGGAGCGCAGGCUGCAGGUAGAGGUGGCUUUGCCCUGUGCUCCUUCUGUGGCCUGUGAAAGCAUGCAAGAAGAAGAGGAAGAUGACAAAGACACAGCUCUGAGCUGCUGUCCCCUCACCCACUUCCUUAUGCCCAAUAUCACAGUGAUGCUUUACAAUAAGCACGAUACAGCUGAUACUCAGACUCUCACUAGGGUGUUUGAAAGGAGUCAGGAGAGUCUGGAGUUUGGUUUGCUGGUGUUGGGUCAAGAAUACUGUGCUGUGGCCCGCUUUGCUUCCUCACCCCCCUCUGAGCCACAGUGUGUUCAUGUCCCAUCAGCAGAAAGCCUGUACCUAGCGGCGCUGUGUGGGGUGCUCAUUGCUCUUCUUCUCAUUGCAGUGUGUGUGCUGGGGAGACAGUGUGCAUCAUCUGACACCCAACUCCCAAAAUCUCUGAUGUCUCUACAGAAUAUGGAGCAUGAGUCCCCAUUUGUGGGUGAAUCUGAGCCAGCAGCACCAGAAGAUGAAGAGAACUCCGUGGUUCUCCUGUCCAUCGUAUCGUUCUCCAACCUGUCUCCUCUUUCAGAGACCCAGUUGACCCGUUCACACUCCCACAAUCUUGAGAAUGGGUAUUACGCUUCAUCCAUUCUGCAGCUCCAGGCUUUCGAUGAAGACAGAGACGAGGGGUCUAAUAUGGAAACUGAUGGAGGUGUAUUUCCUGAUCAUUAUCCAGGGCAUCUAUGGCCAUCAGAUCAAACUCACACAACAGGCCCAUCAUGUUCACAGGAAGCCUCUCCUCAUGAGGGUGAUUCAUGCAUCCCUUUGAGUUCUGUGAGAGUAGCUGGGGCUCAGAAAGAAGAGAUGCUGCUGGAUGACUUCCCCAAAAUACUUAUGAAAGUGAACAUUAGCGGUGGUUCACCAUGACUGGCUGAUGGAAAUCAUGGAGAAUGGAAAAUGAGCUUAAUGAUGUCUUUCCAUAUCAAACUUGGAUGUGUGUUGACUUGAUCCAGGCCAUUCUGAAACAGUGCACAGGUCCAGUAUAUCUGCACAGGAUCACUGUCUCACAUUAUUUGAACGGAUACCUUUUCUCAUGAAGGAGAGGGAGAUGGAGGAUCGCUGGUAUAAAAAUGCAUUCAAAUUCAUGAAUCUGAAGGUGGUGAUUGAACUGCUUUGAUUUUUGAAACAAAAAAUCAGUAAAGUUUGCACAUAUUUUGAGACAAAAUUACAAGUCUCAGGCUAUUUUCAAAAGCCAAAAUCCAACAUUUGGCGUGUUAUGUGGAAAAUCUAUAUUCCACUAUUAAACAGUUUGUGUACUGCGUAUUUUUUAAUAAUUAUAAGUCACACCCAAAUAAUAGAGUUCAAUCAUAUCCUGAAUUUUUUGAGAUGUUACGAUGGCUUGAAUAAUCUAAAGAAUCGGAAUUAAAUAAAGUGGUUUAGCCAAGUAUUGUUUCUUACAUCUUCUAAAAAAUGUUCUUUGUGGGUUCUGUAUAAAGGACAAUGAUGAUAUACAGCACUAUGCAAAAGUCAGAGACCAACCUGAAAUGAUUUACUUUAAAAACAGCUAACAUUACAUUUUUCAACAUUAGAAAUGUGAUAUAACAGAAAAUUAGAGGCCUCAAAAAACUAACUAAACUAAAAAAACUUAACUAAAUCUAACUUUUUUUUAGUGUUUGUGUCAACGCUUUACCUUUAUUACAGUUUCCAUCCUUUUCUUUUUCUUCUUUCUUGUACUUCCUUUUCCUGGUAAGGCCUUCAAGUCCCAUUACCUCUGUAUCUUUUAAUAUUUAACUCUUUUUUUGGAAGCCCCCCUAUUUUAUCUGUCUGGAUAUCUUAUUAUAAGAUUGGAUAUUAGAUAUAUCUAAUGUCCUCAGAAAGAUCAGCAAAAUGAAUAAUGCUUUGACAGGAAAUUAAAUAAGUUAAGUGUGGUCUCUGACUUCUCCACAGUACAGUGUAGAACCAUCACAACUCAAAGAACCUUCUGACUGCUUAAAUGGUUCUUCUUCGUAAUUGUAACCUGUUGUAUAUGGUUCAGUCAGGAUAAAUAAUCUUUCCCGCGAAAGUUCCUUUAAAGCAUAUUUUUGCUGAAAGUGUACACGUUUUACAGGAUACUGAUUGUGAGCUAAACCUUCCAUCAUAUAUGACCAUCAGUCUGUUUUGUGUAGUUGGAUCAUGACCUUGUACAUAUGGAGUCAUUUUAUGCUUACUGUUUGUGUUGGCUCAGCAUGUUUUAUGUAAGUAUAAAUCAAAUAAAUGGUCAAAUGGAAA